GGGGCCGAGCCGGGGCCGUCCCGGGGCCGGUGCGCGGUAUGGCGGGGCUGCCCGGCGCCGCGCGAGCCCGGAGCGCCUCCCCGGGCUCCCCCCCGGCCCUGGACGGCUCCUUCUUGCUCUCGCCGCUCGGGGGGCUGAUGGGAGCCCAGGCCGUGCUCGGUUUACUGGUGUGGUCUCUCAUCGCCGCCACAACGUAUCACCUCCACGCGGCAUACGGCUGGGUGAUGUUUGUGUCCCUCUUCUUCUGGAUACUAACACUCCUUUUCUUCGUGACUUACCUCCUGCAACUUCAUCAGAAGUUCUACAUGAUCCCCUGGCCCCUCGUGCUGAUGAUCUACAACGCUGUGGCCACCGUGCUGUACAUCACCGCCUUCGUGACGUGCGCGGCCGCCGUGCAGCCGACGUCCUGGCGGCAGUGGGACUACAACCGCAGAGCCGCCGCCUCCUUCUUCGCCUGCGUCACGAUGAUCACCUACGGGGUGAGCACCUUCUUCAGCUUCCGCGCCUGGAAAGGGCUCGGCAGCAACGCGGCCACCAGCCAAGUGACCGACCACGUGUAAGGAGUGGACAGCAAAGCCCGGCCACGGGCCACCCUGCACCAGCUUGUGCCAGGCUUGGCGGCUUGGAGCCUCGUGUGCCACCAGGGCUCGUUUUGGGACCAGCCCGUGCUGGCAGCAGCGGUCAGCGCUGGGUCAUGUGGAUGCUGCCCUGUGGUUUCUGAUGAUGCUUCCAGCUGACGUGCCCACAGCACGACCCCACGGGCAUCGCCACGGGGGACACGGACUCGCUGGGGCUGCAGCUCCUGCUCAUCCCCGGGGCUCAUCUAGAUCCUCACCAGAGCAGCUCCACUGAAGGGGCUCAGCCAGUUUGGCACAGUCCAGUACUAAAACUGACUAACCCAAGCCCAGGUUCCCCUCUCUGCUCAUUCACAGCUACAGUGUAAGUAAUGCAAUUAACGGCGUGCAGAAACAGUGGCAGAGCUGCAAGAUGAGAAGUGAAGCAAGGGAAGCAGUCAUAACUGCUCUUGUAUUGAUUUCUAACAAUUUGAAUAUAAAUUUCAUGCUUUAAAUAAAAACAUUCCUAAAUCCA